AUGACUGCUACAAAAAUUUUAAAAAAUCAAAAAGGCGAAGGAGGCCCAAAAGUUUUAUUGAAUUCUGGUCACCUAAUUCCAUUAAUUGGAUUAGGUACUUAUAAAAUUGUUGACCAAACACUGAUGGAUUCUUCUGUGGAUGCUGCCCUCAAAUGUGGCUAUAGAUUCUUUGAUACUGCAAAAUUGUAUCAAAAUGAGAAGCAGCUGGGCAACAGCCUUGAAGUAUGGAAAGUUUUCUUUAUGAUAAGCGAGGAAGUCCCAAAAUCGUUGAAAAAUAUUUUCCAUGAUUUGGCGAUUCCUAACGGGAGCUUUAAAAAAUUAUUCAGAUUUAGAUAUUUUUUGUAG